AUGGGUCCGCGUCGCAGUCCACGCACCAAUACCUUCAGUUCCCAAGACUGUCAACAUGGGAAGCGAUCUGACUCCGUCGCAAGCUUCGAAUCACCAUCCUCAACCCAGCCCAAGGAAGAACUUCAAAAUCCCACGAUCAAUGCUAACACACACACAGACAUGGAUCUUCCUGUGAACUACGAGACUGUGGAUGGAGGUUCAAGCCUCAAACGCCGUCGCACUUUCCUGUUGGAAAUACCAUCUGGCAGCUCGGCUUUUAGUCAAGGCAACCAGUCGUCCUCCAUCAACUCUUCCCCUAUGAAAUCAUCCCCGGUCAAGUCAACCCCCAUAAAACAGGAAAAGUGUCAGCCCCUGUCUCGUUCCCCGAUUCGAAAGAGACCUUUCAAACCCAAUAAAUCGACCCCGACGCAAGCCACGCUCCAGCCGCAAUCGGACAACACGCCUCGCGCAGAAUUUGAAAUCGUGAAACUCCGCGCCGAGCUCUCCCAGCUCCGUCUCGAUUUCGAUAUUGAGAAGCAGAGGAAUGAAGCCCUUCGAUCGCAGUUUGAGGUUGAAAGAUGUCUGAACGAGUUCUUGCGUGGCCAGACCAUCGCCGAGCAGAAUUUGAACAAGUCUCUCUUGAAGCAAAUUACAGCCCUGGAGCAGCGAAUGGACCGCCUGGAACCUACUUUUGUUACGAUUCAGCAUCUGAAGCAGGUUCUGUUGACUUGGUUGCGGGAUUAUCUGGUUCACACUAGGACUGAGUCUGGGGAUAGUUCUCAGCAAGUGGGUCGUUCUCAGCAGUAA